ACUUGUGCUCCCUCCACAGGGUCAUGUGGGUACAACUGCAACUAAGAAGAUCGACGUCUACCUCCCCCUGCAUUCAAGCCAAGACAGACUGCUGCCAAUGACCGUGGUGACAAUGGCCAGCGCCAGGGUGCAAGACCUCAUCGGGCUCAUCUGUUGGCAGUAUACCAGCGAAGGACGGGAGCCAAAGCUCAAUGACAACGUCAGUGCCUACUGCCUGCAUAUUGCUGAGGAUGAUGGGGAGGUAGACACAGAUUUCCCACCGCUGGAUUCCAAUGAGCCCAUUCAUAAGUUUGGCUUCAGUACUUUGGCCCUGGUUGAAAAGUAUUCAUCUCCUGGUCUGACAUCCAAAGAAUCACUCUUUGUUCGAAUAAAUGCUGCUCAUGGAUUCUCCCUUAUCCAGGUGGACAACACGAAGGUCACCAUGAAGGAGAUUCUGCUAAAGGCAGUGAAGCGAAGAAAAGGAUCCCAAAAAAUUUCAGGCCCUCAGUACCGCCUGGAGAAGCAGAGUGAGCCUAACAUCGCAGUGGACCUGGAGAGCACACUGGAGAGCCAGAACGCCUGGGAGUUCUGCCUGGUCCGAGAGAACAGUUCAAGGGCAGACGGAGUUUUUGAGGAAGACUCACAAAUUGACAUCGCUACAGUACAGGAUAUGCUGAGCAGCCACCAUUAUAAGUCAUUCAAAGUCAGCAUGAUCCACAGACUUCGGUUCACAACUGAUGUGCAGUUAGGUAUCUCCGGAGACAAAGUAGAGAUAGACCCUGUUACGAAUCAGAAAGCCAGCACUAAGUUUUGGAUUAAGCAGAAGCCCAUCUCAAUCGAUUCUGACCUGCUCUGUGCUUGUGACCUUGCUGAGGAAAAGAGCCCCAGUCAUGCGGUAUUUAAACUCACGUAUCUAAGUGGUCAUGACUAUAAGCACCUAUACUUCGAGUCCGAUGCAGCCACAGUCAGUGAAAUCGUGCUCAAGGUCAACUAUAUCCUGGAGUCACGAGCGAGCACUGCCCGGGCUGACUAUUUUGCUCAAAAACAAAGAAAACUGAACAGACGUACAAGCUUCAGCUUCCAGAAGGAGAAGAAAUCAGGACAACAGUGACACUGGCCUCCAAUCUGUUGCUGCAGCCCAGCUUGCCUGCAGGGCCAAGUGGCCCCAGAGUCCACCUUCAUUGUGCAGUGCCUGGGCUCACAGGCAUAGUGCUGCUGGGCCCUAGGGGAGGGUUUAGAAGUAGGGGAUGCCCUAUUCCAGAGUCCAGGGACAUUGCCAUUGGACUGAAACCUGGCAAUGGCUUUAAGUAGCAAUGCCCAAGAGCCAGACCACCUCCUGGAGGAGCCACAUGCUGCCCAGCCAUGCUCACUGCCUGGCAGUCCCACUAAGGGUGUAUAUAGCCAUGCCAGACAUCUCCUUGCAACUUGAUCAAAUUUCUUAAAGCAAACAAAGAACAAAAGUGUACAUUUCUUUUUUUUCCUUUUAAUAAACAGGUGUACUCUUUAUCAUAGUUGGUAUGGUGGACCGUUUUUGGGGGCGGAGGAUUAAUUAUAUUAUCUUCUUUAAAAUCUGUUCCUGUAUUGAACAGGCAGAUUGCAAAAACUAUGGUUGGAGCGCUCAGAAGCAAUGUUUAGGGCUUAGCCAGUAGUUAACUGUGCCAUUUGUUUAAAUGAGUACAUUUGCUUUGAGAAUAGCAUCUUAUGGAAGUUAGGAAUGAGGACUGUGCAUGCAUGCAUGCAUGCAUGCGUGCGUGCGUGCGUGUGUGCGUGCGAGGCUAUCAUUUUCCCCUUCAAAGUCCUUCUCAGCACUCCAGGUGGUACUGAGUUCCAAGCCAGAGUGGUUUCUCGUUCCCUCAUAGCAAGUAUGAGAUGGUCAACCUGAACCUCAAAGAGUCUGUCUCGCUGGCACUGAAACCUGUCUCCUGCCCUCUACCUGGUGCCUACAGAGAGAGUGUGUCAGGAAAAGAGGAGUAGAGGGGAGCCCAUGUCCUUGUAUCCCAAGCUUUGGGCAGAAAGGGCAAGGUACCCAGCACCUUGACACCAUGACUCUGCCUACACCAGAUGUCUCUGCAGACCUCACCAUGGCCCCUCCUGUGGCAGCAUCCUUUCAUACCAUCCUGGGCCAGCACCAGGGUCGAUGUCUCAAUCCACCUAUGUUUAGAACAUUUUUUAAAUCGUUGUGUCUGAGCAUCUCAGAGUCAGGUGUGUCUUUGCAAAGGGUCAUCUAGAUGAAUGCCUCAUUCUGGUCUGUUCAGACAACAGGAACACCCUUUUCUAAUGUCUUCCAUUCCUAUCUCCCCCAAAAAAGAUAUAUUAUUUGUAGCUUGCUCUGUAUUUGAAUUUUUAGCAAUUUUAUAUUUAGAUAUCUUUGAAAUUUAAAUGACUAAUUUGGUCAUUAAAUCUUGUCACGUAUUCAAUAUUAAAAUACUAAAAAUAAAAGUCAUAAAUACC